AUGGCAAACUUGAAUUUCCAACAAGCACCUAGAAGCCUAGCGAGCGGCGGUGUGGGUGGUCGCGUGAGCUCGGGGCUAGUGGGUGGUGUGUCGGGCCAUGUGACGCCCACGUUUGGAGGCGCAUUGUCGCCCGGUCGAAAUUCCACCGCAAUGCCAGGGGGUGCUCCACCCUCUAUGGCAUCGCGAUCAACACUGUUCGGCCAGCGAGCAUUUGCUGACCGGAGGGUACCCAUACCAAACGCGUUAUCGCAGCCUAACUCAAAUUCCAUGUCGAGUAUGGGCAACCUGUCUCGGUUCAACACUAAUAGCAACUAUCAUUCGGUGUUUGGAGAGGGUGGCGACACGUCGACACCUCCUCUCCUGGAUCUCAGCGAGUUCCCAUCGUUAACAGCGCGAGGGGCCGGCGACCAGGCGCCAGCCGCAGCGCCACCACCGCCCGGCUCUAAACCUUACGUGGGUAUGGUGAAGCAGCCAACGUCGGAGCAGUCAGAGUUCACGAUGUCGUCGGAGGACUUCCCGGCGCUUCCCGGCACGUCGAGCGCAGGCGGUGCGGCGCCGCUGCCGCCGCCCGGCCCGCUCCCUCCUCCGCCCGACUUCAGCAACCACACCAACGACAAGCCUCGGAAGGGCAUACAGACCUCUCCCGAUGUUAUCAGUCAAGGAGCCCAUACGGAAUUCUAUGGUAAAGUAACGAAUAUACCAGAGACAAUGAUACCAAACCAGUUUGGUAUUGUGGGACUAUUGACGUUUAUCCGCGCGGCGGAGUCAGACCCUAGUUUAGUGUCGCUGGCAUUAGGGCAAGAUCUCACGGCGCUCGGAUUGAAUCUAAAUUCACCAGAUAAUCUUUAUCUCACCUUUGCUGGCCCUUGGGCGGAUACGCCGUGCAGACCACAGGAUAUGGACUACCAUGUGCCUCCCGAAUAUCUAAUCAAUGGUUCAAUUAGAGAAAAGUUGGCGCCUCUACGACUGAAUCGAUAUAAGGAAGACCUUUUAUUUUAUUUGUUCUACUGUUUCGUGGGUGAUGUGCUGCAAAUCGCAGCUGCAGCCGAACUCUAUAAUCGCGAAUGGCGGUAUCACAUGGAGGAAAAGGUGUGGAUCUCUCAAGCGCCCGGUAUGCCUAUGGUAGAAAAGACGUCAACGUACGAGCGCGGCACCUACUACUUCUUCGAUGCGCACAACUGGCGUAAGGUGGCGAAGGAAUUCCACUUGGACUACAGCAAGUUGGAGGGGCGACCGCAACUGCCACCGCACGUGCUUACGUAG